AAUUUUACCAAAAAGCCCCUUCGGCAAUCAGCACUCCAAGUUGACCGCAACUGAUCGUCCUUCUACGGUUAUCAAUCCCCUUCUCUCUCUACGCUAACCGAGUUCCGACCAUCGGACCAUCCUCACUACCGCCCCGUCGAUAGACCGGAGCUAAUCCUGCCUCCCUAGAAAUCCAUUGGAACUUGAGUAUUUUCAGGUGUAUUUCGUAGAUCCGGAUCGGAAGCAACGGAAGAAGCACGUGUUUUCGCUUCGGAGAAGUUGUGGCUCCAUAGAUGAUGGAGCAAUCUCAAGAACCGGCUCCUAAGCAAGAUCAGGCUAGCUCUUCUUUGUCGAGUUCGGUAGAAGAGUCUGUUAAGAUUGGGAAGGAAGUUGCCAGUAACGGUGGAGCUGAAGUAGAUUUUAGUAGAGACGAUGAUGUAGCUUUUGCUAGUGGUGGUGUGGUUUCUAAUGGCGACGCCAGUUAUUCAGGGUCUGAUGGCAGGAGUGUACAUAAAUUGCGUAAACUGCAAUCAGAACUCACAAAUUUUAUACUUGGAAGUUCUGAGAAGUUUGAGUCAUCUUCCAGUCAGUUUACUCUGGAAAAAUCAAAAACUGAAAGGCCUAGACGUAGUAAAAUGCUUGUUGAUGAAAAGCUAUCUGUAAACCAGAAGCUCCAAUUGCUGAACAAAAUUGCUACUGUAAAAGAUGGCACAGUUGAAUUUGAGAUACCUGGAGAUGUUGAACUGAGUGCUUUAGAGACUGAAAGUGAUAAAUGUUACAAUGCAUUCAAUGAAGAUCUCCCUGACUCAUCAGAACCUCGGUAUCUUAGACCUUUGCAAAUAGUAAUACUUAUUGUUGGAACUCGUGGUGAUGUGCAACCAUUUAUUGCAAUCGGAAAGCGUUUGCAGGAAUAUGGGCAUCGUGUUAGACUAGCGACUCAUUCAAAUUUCAAAGAAUUUGUCUUGACAGCUGGAUUGGAGUUCUACCCACUAGGUGGAGAUCCAAAAGUUCUUGCUGAAUACAUGGUUAAGAACAAAGGAUUCUUACCUUCUGGUCCAUCGGAAAUUCCUGUUCAGAGGAGUCAAAUGAAAGACAUAAUUUUUUCAUUACUUGCUGCAUGCAAAGAGCCUGAUAUUGAUUCUGGAAUCCCUUUUAGAGCUGAUGCAAUGAUGGCUAAUCCCCCUGCAUAUGGACAUACACAUGUUGCAGAGGCACUGAAAAUACCUAUUCAUAUAUUUUUCACAAUGCCUUGGACGCCUACUAGUGAAUUUCCUCAUCCUCUAUCACGUGUCAAGCAACCAGCUGGAUAUAGAUUGUCAUAUCAGAUAGUAGACUCUUUAAUCUGGCUUGGAAUUCGAGACAUGAUAAAUGAUGUUAGGAAGAAAAAGUUGAAGCUGCGACCUGUCACGUAUUUAAGUGGUUCUCAAGGCUCUGAGACUGAUAUUCCACAUGGAUACAUAUGGAGUCCUCAUCUUGUUCCUAAACCAAAAGAUUGGGGACCUAAAAUUGAUGUGGUUGGAUUUUGUUUCCUUGAUCUCGCAUCAAACUACAAACCCCCUGAAGAACUUGUACGCUGGCUUGAAGCUGGCCCAAAGCCUAUCUACAUCGGGUUUGGUAGCCUUCCAGUUCAAGAGCCUGAGAAAAUGACACAGACAAUCGUUAAAGCCCUAGAAAUGACUGGACAAAGGGGCAUCAUCAACAAAGGAUGGGGUGGUCUUGGUAUCUUAACAGAGCCAAAGGAUUUUGUAUACUCGUUGGACAACAUCCCUCAUGACUGGCUUUUCUUACAAUGUGCAUCUGUGGUGCACCAUGGUGGUGCUGGAACUACAGCUGCUGGACUUAAAGCUGCGUGCCCAACUACAAUUGUACCUUUCUUUGGUGACCAACCGUUUUGGGGAGAGCGAGUUCAUAGCAGAGGCGUAGGGCCGCCACCCAUACCAGUCGAUCAGUUUAACCUCACCAAGUUGGUUGAUGCAAUUAAAUUCAUGCUAGAUCCCAAGGUGAAGGAGCGAGCAGUGGAACUUGCAAAGGCGAUGGAGAAUGAGGACGGUGUGGAAGGGGCGGUUAAAGCAUUUUUAAAACAUCUUCCGCAACAAAUACCGGCAGAUUGCAAGCCUUCUUCAACAAAGCCUCCAACCAAAACCAAACCCUCAAAGUCAAAAGUACCUCCUCCCAAACAUUCUGCUUCAUUCUCAAUAACCGGAUGUUUCGGUUGUUCCUAGUUCCCAAUUCUAUGCAUGCAUUCAUCUGAUAUUUCCAUUGUGGAUAGAAACGUGUCUUGGAGUUGUAUUGUUUGUUUGUUUGUUUGUUUCUUCAUUGAAAUUAUGUAUGCUUGUUUUUUUUUUUUUGGUAAUUUGUAUAGUGCAAUGCAAACCACAGUACCAAUGUCCACUGCUAUGUUGCCACAUGAGUCUGGUUGAUGGGGGCACCCAGGGACAUUUUUACAUUGUUAUUGUGUUAUUAGUAUUUGCAAAAUUUUCUUGUAUUUAAAUAAAAAAAAAAUAGUUGGCUGA